AGAUACUGUUGACUUCCAUAUAUGCCGAAUGAUUGAUAAUGCUCGCUACUUUGACUGACCAAUCAGAGUCUGACUAUCCUGCCUAUCUACGACGUACGACUUAUGGCUGCCCGAGCAUAUGCAUGAGCGGAUACAACUAUGAUGAUAGGACCGGGGACUACAGCUAUGCAGCAGCAUCCUUUGACAAUGACCACCGCAUACAUGCGUUAUGCGCUUUGUACUCCUUUUGUCUCUUUGAACUUCUUUCGCAACGACCUUCCCUUUUGCGCUUAGUUGACGGCCGCCAGAUUGUGUAUAAAAAGGCCGUACGAUAGAUAGAUAUCUAGCAUCAGAGUUCUUCGUCUAUUCGUUCUGAAUAGUGCCUAUGACAUCCUUCCGAGCAUAGUAGUUAACAGAUACAAUACGGUCACCUCAACUCGUUUCGUUCCCAGCCAGACAGAGGGCCGGCAGAGGCCAAGCUGGCUCCGGCCUUGUCUGCACCUCUAGACAGACC